AUGCACGACUCUUCGGCUGUCGACGGCCCCGCUGCAGGGCAGGAGACGCCAAAUCAACUGACUUGGAGCGUGCAGUCCUCCGCUCCACCUCCCGUUGUCCCUAUAAGCCGGGUCGUCCCCUCUGUCUUGCCUCUCGUCAAUUCCCUCGUCGCCAAACACAAUCGGCAGAGCUACUUCAACUUUGCGGAUCUUCCCUCUCCUGUACAUUCUGACCGUCACACUCGCCGCCAAAAUGACCCGCUGGCACCCUGCUCGCCCCGUCUCUUCUCUUCGCCUGCAGACGCUCAUACGACCCGCGAACCGCUGCUUUCAGACGUGACUGUCCAUGGCGCGGUUACGCAAAUUGUUGACGGCGCUCACAAAAUGGACACCUUCGUCGGCGACGUGAUCGAAGCCCUCAAGCCUCUGAGGACGUGGUACGGCGAGGACGAACCAUACAUUCCGACGGGCCUGCACUUCGGGCGAGCCGAGAAGGACGUCGAAGACUUUCACCGCGCCAACGAUCUGGAGAGGGCUCGUCACCUCGCGCAAGCGUUGACGGGGAUCCCAGUGGCCGUCGCCGCAGUACACCCGGUGCACCGAGUGGGGUCUGCCGACCUCGUUCUCACGACUGUCGGACGGGUCAAUGAGCGCCACAUUGAGCUCCGCAUGGAGGAGAAGCAAGAGUCAUCUGCGCCGACGGAGGUUUUCGAGCAGUUCCGACUCAUCAGCGAGAACGGCGGCUCGGAUUUCUACAUGGCGCACAAGUUUCGCCCGCCACAGCAACCCACUCCCUCCCUUCUCUCUCUAGCAUGGACCCCCUCUCCACCAGCAACGUCUUCUCCCUCUCUCAGCGCUCCCUUUCCUCCCUCCCCCUUGUCUUCUUUUUCCGCUUCGCCCUCAUCCUCAUCCUCAUCCUCAUCCUCUCACUCUCCGACUCCGACGUCAACCCCGAAUCCUGCUCCGGCGUAUGCUCCCGCCAUCACUCCGACGUCUGCGUCGACGGCCAGCACUUUCGACUUCGUCGUCAGCGAAGUCGACGUCUCCGAGUCACUCGCCCACAUGGACCUCGGUCGAACUUGUUCCCCCGCACCAGAACAGUCGCCAACACCUCCAAUUCAGCCAGCUCCCGACGCGACUUUGCCGCCGUCAGUCAAGCAAGACACCCAGCAGCCGAAACCGGCGGACUGGCUGGACUGGGGAUGGGCAAACCGGGGCGGUAGGCCUGCACCAUAUGAGCGUCUCGACUCGGUCGAGCGGCAUACUCUGCACAUCAUCCAGCAGAUUGCGACGCAGUUCGGGAUGGCUGCGUUGAAACGUGCCGAAGCUCGCGGCACGAAGAAGUCAUCGGAGGGACUACGGGAACUCUAUGAGGCGGAGUUGAGGGCUACUUCGGACUUCCAGCUCUUGCAGACGCCAGAGCAGACGUUGCCGCUGUGGAGGGAAGGGACCACCUUGAAGGUCGGCAGGAUCUUGACCCACCACGGCGAGAUCUCUCGUUAUACCCUCGCUUACUUCCUCCUCGGCCUCGCCGACGCCCUUGACCUCAAAGGCCGACCUCUCGCUCGCGUCGCUCAGCUGAUUACCCGCCUCCAGAAGGGUCCGCUUCUCUCUUCGCUCUAUCCCGCUGCGACACCCUCGGCGAACACAGCGAACACGACGAACACGACCGCCGCGUCCGCUCCUAGGAGCGACCGAAGGCAAGCCGGCCGACGACACAACGACUCGUCUGGUCGCGUCGAGGAGGAUGCGUUGGACGAGGAGCACGAUCCGACGGAAAGCGACGGCGUCGGCAGUUCGUCUGACGGCGUCCAGGCGGGCAAGGUGGCGCGGGAGAAGGAGAAGGAGGAGAGAAAGGAGGGCGACGACGAGCAGGACACGACGACAGGCAGUGAUGAUGGCGAAUCGUCAUUCGAAAGCGCUGCCGCCGACCUCGGAGCGUCGUUCUUCGUCGACUCGUCCUGUUCCGCCGCGAACGAUGGUGACGAAGACCUUGGCGAAUCGCCACCACCGGCGAGCCCGAAGAGCGAGCCGCUCCGUCAAUGGCUCGGCGCAUCGUCUGCUCCAGCCUCACCCGACAUGAUGAGAAGGACUUCAACUCUCAUCAUCGACGGGUGCUCCUACGAGCGCGUCGGCACCGCGCCGUCGACUACCCCUCCACCUUCCGAUUUGGACGCCUCUCCGACCUCUCUGCCGCGCGCAUCUCCGUCCACAUCAGCUCCCGCCAUCUCCCUCAGUCUGAUGCUCGGCCGCGGAGGCAGCGGCGACGUCUAUACCGACUCGACAGGCGUGUUCGCCGUCAAGCUCGUCGAGCCCCGCAACAACGACUUCUACGACCCAAUCUACGACAACGAUGCGAACGAAGCCAUUCAGCGGUACGGAUCGCGCUUGCAGGAGACGAGACAGGAAGUCGAGGCGUACAGGAAGCUGCAGGCUUGCGCUAUCGUCCCGGCGUUCUACGGACUAUUCGAGCGCGUCGACGAGGACGGCUAUACGAACCUGGCGUUGGUGAUGGAGCGUGUGAUGGGCCGACACCUUGCGAAGGAGCAGCUGGUGACGGAUGUCAUCAAGAAGAUCGAGUCUGCUGUGCGGACGGUGCACUGCUACGGCGUCCUCCACGGCGACAUCCGACUUCCCAACAUCCUCCUCGCCCACGACAAGAUCUUCCUCCUCGACUUCGGCCGUUCGCGUCUUGACCCGAGUGUGAGACAGGCGGAGACGGAGACGGCGCGGAUCCGUCACAUGUGGUCGUAG